AUGGCCGCCGUGGCGGUGGCGGCAGCGAGCGCAGGGAGGGUGGCUGGCAAGGGGAGGAAGGGUGCGCUGGUGUGGGUGCCGCGGUGCUUCUUCCCGGAGGGGCUGGGAGGGGCGGGCAAGCACGCAGCACGGCACGGUGCAUGGGGUCCGAAUGAAGGGCGCACAGCUGUGCUGAGGCACGUGCGGGUGGUGCUGCAGAGGCAUGGGCGUGGGCGUGGGUGCAGUGAGGCAGGGGGCGAGGAGGAUGGAGGCGGUGAGGCCAGCAACGGUGCAUGCAGGCAGGUAGGUAGCAGCAAAGGGGAGGGGGGACGGUGCAGCAACGAGAGAGGGCCAGGUGGGGCGGGCAUGGAGGCAGAGCGGGAGAGGGAGAGGGAGAGGGAGAGGGAGAGGGAGAGGGAGAGGGAGAGGGAGAGGGAGAGGGAGAGGGAGGUGAUGUGGGCCCCGCAACCGUUCCUCACUGCCGGUGGCGUGCGCGUGCUGCCCUGGCAGGUUGUGAACGCAGUGGUGUGCGGGGAGGGGAAUCGCAGAGAGGAGAAGGGGGAGACAUGGUUGAAGGGCUGGACCAAGCUGAUUGGAAGAGGAGAAAUCAGCACGGGACAAAGGGUGAUCAACGUGCAAGAGGGGAAGGGCAGAGUGCAUGAGAGGGAGGAAGGGAAGGGGGGGAAGGCAAUGGUAGGCUGUUAUGGGCGUGAAGGGAUUUCCUUUCCAACGGGAGGGGGGGAGUCACAAGGGGGGGGGCACAAGGAGGGGAGGGUCAGGCGCUGCACAGGGGAGAGGACAGAGAGGACGAUGCACACUGUGGUGGUGGUGGUGGCGGCGGCGGCGGCGGCGGCGACGGCGGUGGUGGUCGUGGUGGCAAUGGUGGCUUGA